ACAAUUUAGAAAAAAUGACCAAUUACAUAGUAAGUAUAAUACACUUACUCUGUAAUUGAUUUAAUUCGACUAAAUCUAAUCGGGACAAAAAUUUUCCUACAAUGUAAACACAUAUAUAUAAUGGAGGGUUUGAUUGAAUCUUGAUUCUUCACUCACACUCAUUUUAUUAUCUGCCAGUUUGCAAAAGCCCAUAUUUAUAUUCUUUUGUUUCAUUAAUGCUGCCAAGAAACCCUCUGGCGCUGGCAGCAUCCAUCACUCACACACACAUUUAGCAACUUCACCUUCACCCCUCCCUCUAUAUCUCUUUCUAUUCUCCCAUCGAAAUUUCACUGUCAUCUCAUCACUUCAAUCCGCUUCCUGCUAUUAUUAUGCAAGAACAGCUCGCCGACGAUCCUGUUGCUGUCGCCAGGUCCGGCCAAAACGUUUUCAUGUCUGUCUACCGGACGAAGAUGGCCGAUCAAUGUCGUUUGAUCACCGUCACCUGGUGCAAGAACCUCCUCCUCCACGGCCUGUCGGUGUCGGUCGAAGGGCCCGAUGGAGACAGCCAGUAUACCUGCAAAGUUGAGCUCAAGCCCUGGUACUUCUGGAAGAAACAAGGGUCGAAGCGAUUCAACGUCGACGGUAAGCCCGUCGACGUUUUCUGGGAUCUCAGGGUUGCGAAAUUCAACGGAGAGACUGAGCCGACGUCGGACUACUAUGUAGCUGUCGUGUGUGAUGACGAGGUUGUUCUGCUUCUUGGCAAUUUGAGGAAAGAGGCUUAUAGAAAGACAGGCUGCAGGCCUGCACUCAUUGACCCCAUGUUGGUGUCUAGAAAAGAGCACAUAUUCGGUAAGAGGAAGUUUAUUACAAGAGUUAAGUUCCAUGACAAGGGCAGUUUCCAUGAAAUAUCAAUCGAGUGCAAGAACAAAACCAGCAAUCCGUCGGACGGGGCCGAGCCCGAAAUGGAGAUUCGGAUCGAUGGGCAUUUGGUCAUCCAUGUGAAGCAUUUGCAAUGGAAGUUCAGAGGGAAUGAGUCAGUUCAUCUCAACAAGGCAAGAAUUGAGGUUUUCUGGGAUGUCCAUGAUUGGCUUUUUAGCCCUGGUUUAAGGCACGCCUUGUUUAUUUUCAAGCCGACUUUAUUGUCCAUGUCGUCGUCCACGCCACCCUCAUCCUUGCCAUCGACGCCGCUGUCGUCCCGGACAGGGAGUUCGAGCUCCACGUCGGAUGGGUUUGGAGGGAGCGGAGCUCCUGACUUUUGCCUAUUCCUUUAUGCCUGGAAGGUGGAAUGAGGAAGCAAACUUUUUCAUCCAAAUUAAGUCGGACAAGACUCAGUUAAUCAUAGUGUUAUUGCACCAUCACUUUUUUAUAUCAUACAUUAAUUAUACGACAAGUAUAAUAUAGCUAAUAUUAUCAUCGCUGUAUGAUUGAAAAAGGAAAUGGAAAUGAUGUAGCAAAGCACAUGGGAAGUAGGUGGACCCCUAAUUGAGGUUGGAAGUUAGUUUACAGCUGGUUGUGAACAAAGUGGCAUGAUUGAAGAGGACAGAUUGGAUAACAUACAUACCCAAUAAGCUCCAAUCUAGAGGCAAUUAUUUAUUUUUAUUUUUUUUCCCAACCCUAAAGUUUUUCUUGAUCUAGUCUUGAGUGAGCAACUAUAUGUGAUAUUUUAAUUUUUCCCAAUUACAUAUACUAAGAAGUUCACAUUAUUGUAUAUUGUACUAAUUAAUGAUAUGCAUCAACAAUGAGCUAUUUUGUUGUUA